ACGUGGACGUGGACAUGGCGUGGACGUGGACAUGGACGUGGACGUGGACGUGGACAUGGACGUGGACGUGGACGUGGACGUGGACAUGGACGUGGACGUGGACGUGGACGUGGACAUGGAGGUGGACAUGGACGUGGACUUGGACGUGGACGUGGACAUGGACGUGGACGUGGACAUGGACGUAGACGUGGACGUGGACGUAGACAUAGACGUGGACGUGGACGUGGACGUGGACAUGGACGUGGACGUGGACGUGGACAUGGACGUGGACGUGGACAUGGACGUGGACGUGGACAUGGACGUGGACGUGGACAUGGGCGUGGACGUGGACAUAGACGUGGACAUGGACGUGGACAUGGACGUGGACAUGGACGUGGACGUGGACGUGGACGUGGACAUGGACGUGGAUGUGGACGUGGACGUGGACAUGGACGUGGACGUGGACGUGGACGUGGACGUGGACGUGGAAAUGUACGUGGACGUGGACGUGGACAUGGACGUGGACGUGGACGUGGACGUGGACAUGGACGUGGACGUGGACAUGGACGUGGACGUGGACGUGGAAAUGGACGUGGACGUGGACGUAGAAAUGGACGUAGACGUGGACGUGGACGUGGACAUGGACGUGGACGUGGACGUGGACGUGGAUAAGACGUGGACGUGGACGUGGACGUGGACAUGGACGUGGAAUGGACAUGGACGUGGACAAAUGGACGUGGACGUGGACAUGGACGUGGACGUAGACGUGGACGUAGACGUAGACGUGGACGUGGACGUGGACGUGGACGUGGACAUGGACGUGGACGUGGACGUGGACGUGGACGUGGACGUGGACGUGGACGUGGACGUGGACGUGGACAUGGACGUGAACGUGGACGUGGACAUGGACGUGGACAUGGACAUGGACGUGGACAUGGACGUGGACAUGGACGUCGACGUGGACAUGGACGUGGACGUGGACGUGGACAUGGCAUGGACGUGGACGGGGACGUGGACGUGGACGUGGACAUGGACGUGGACGUGGACGUGGACGUAG